AUGAACCAACCACAGACUUAUAACAACACACACUUCUGUUAUGAAUCUUCAAACAGAUCUUGUCCGAAACAUGAUUAUUCAAUCACGAUACGGGCUCCUUUCUAUCUUGUAUUAGGAGCCAUAGUAUUUCUCACUGUUUUUGGCAAUCUUCUUGUCAUCAUUACUAUAGCUCAAUUCAAACAGCUUCACACUCCUACCAACUACCUCGUUCUCUCACUGGCUGUGACUGACUUCCUUCUGGGGGUAGUUGUAAUGCCACCUAGCAUGGUUCGCUCACUGGAGACGUGCUGGUAUUUGGGCGAAAUAUUCUGUAAAAUACACUCUAGCACAGAUAUCACACUAUGCAAUGCAUCAAUUUUAAGCCUUUUGUUAAUUUCCAUCGAUCGAUACUAUGCUGUCUGUCAGCCUCUCCAUUACCACAUUAAAAUCACAAACUGUGUCAUGGGGACCAUGAUCAUAAUAAAUUGGACUGUGUCUCUUCUAUGUGGCUUUGGUACAAUAUUUCUAAGGCUGAACACCUUGGACACUGAGCACAUCUACAAUGAAAUAAUUCAUUGUGAGGGAAGCUGUAUUUUCUUACAAAGCAAACAGUCAAGUAUUGCUUUUUCUUUUCUUAUGUUCUUUAUCCCGUGCUUUUUUAUUAUUGUCCUUUAUCUUAAAAUCUUCUUUGUUGCAAGGAGACAAGCCUAUUCCAUUCAAAGCAGAGUUUGUGCAAAUGUGAACUUGAAAAAGAGCAGAAAAACCGUGAACAAGGCAGAGCACAAAGCCACGAGGACACUGGGAAUUGUCGUUGGUGUUUACCUCACCUGUUGGACCCCGUUUCUGUGCACCCUUAAUGAUCCAAUUAUGUCUGUUUCCACUCCAGUACUUACUGAAUGUCUUAUGUGGCUUGCCUAUUUGAACUCUGGAAUAAAUCCCAUUAUUUAUGCCUUCUUUUUCAGUUGGUUCCAAAAGCCGUUCAAGUGUGCUUUUCAAAAAAUAUUGAAUUCAAAAGCUGUGCAGUUGUGA